AUGGAACAAGAUCAGAUCGGGAGGCAUCAGUCGUAUCCUCUUUUGGCUUCCAUCCUUCCAGAUGGCAAAGACGUGGCCAGGCCCAGCCCUCCUACUCCGCCUCUCCAAGACUAUGAUUUCCCCAAUCAUACAAAUGAAACCGUUUAUGAGAUGGAUGCUCCGAUACCCAGGGGGUUCAAUACUCUUCGAUACAAACUUCUACCCCCGCCUGCAGCAUCCGAUGCUUCAACCUCUGUCAGCGAAGAUCUCUUCUCCGACGCGGAGUCCAAUUUCGGCUCUUGGUCACAGAGUCUCAUUUCAAGCAGUACAGGCUUUGACGAGGAACAUCCCCCAAUUAGGCCACCAUGCCUCAUUUCAAAGCGUGCCACUAGCCCUCUUUCCUCAUCCUCCGAAAGUGAUUCAGAGUCUUCUUCAUGCUCCCUUUCGUCAGAAGACUCAGAGGUACUUCACUUAUCAGAGCCCAGCUUCACCUAUGCCUCUACAGAAAAGGAGAUUUCCGGCUCUAUCAUAUCUCCUGAGAUCAAGUCAAAUGCUCUUGACCGCUUUGAGAAACAGCGACUGGCGAUCGAGACUACUCAUCUACCCAAUCCAGGGGGACGUACUCAUUGUUGGCUCAUGCCACUCCAAAUCCUCGACAUGUCAACUCAUGGAUUGUAUGAAGCCUGCCCAUACCAUCACGCCGAGGAGGAAUAUCCUGCAACCGAAGCUAUGUGGAAAGAUACUUCUACCAGCUAUGCAGAACGCCGCCCUAUUCCAGCUAAGGGUGACACUCAAAAGUCUUUGAAAAGGCAGAAAAGGUACAUAUCUAUGGACAUCGAGCCUUACAAUUUUGGUCGCAGCAAAGCAACUGUUGCCAGCUUACCAGAGUACAUUCGCACCAUGAUCAUGUCAUUUUGUACUGAGCCAAAAGACCUCAUCGCCUUGAUCAAUUCAUCCUCAGUCUUCCUUCAACCCUUUUGCCGAAGCCGUCGUGCCAUCGUUAGCCAAAUCACCCAGAGUAUGAGAUUACGUUUCGGUGGUGAUAUGCCCUCCAGCUGUCUUAUGGUGGCACGGCUGCGCAAUAUGGAAUCCAGGAGUGACGCCGGUAGCCCUGAGGCUCAUAAGGCCAAUGUCAAAAGAACCAUCAAGAAGUUUUUGACACUCACUCCAAAGGGGCCUUUGCUCCAUCCGAGUUACAGUCUUCGACAACUAAGAUUCGUCUCAGAAACUCUUGAGACGGCAGAAAGUGUGAUGACGUGCUACGCGCAUCAAGCAUGGAUAAGCAGAAAUGGCAUGGGGAAACUAGGGCCGUCUCACACUGUUGAAGAUUUGGUGCUCUUCAAGACUGAAAGGAAAGGCUUCAUCGAUGCUAUCUGUCUGUACGAUGCUUAUUGCACAGCAUUCUUCUCUGAAAAUGCAAUUUCAUCCGUUGGUGACAUCACCCUACGGCAGAGCUUCCUUGAAGAAGAUGGUAUACCAGGUGAGAUCAUCAACCGGUUCUACAGCAUCAGCAACUACCUACAUCAGUCAUAUUUCAAUUGGAUACAUAUCGCUAUAAACGAGGCACGCUAUGAUCCUGCUGCCAAGGACGAGAACCUCAGACUAAUUCCUCUUUUGGAAAAGCACAUCGGCCUACUUGUUAACCAUUUUGUCUGUAGCGGUCCAAGCAUUUUCAGAAGUUUGCAAGAAAUGAGAGCUACUCCACGCUCUCGCUUCCUUUUAAGACUGCUGGAACGUUGUGAGACAGACGCAGCAUAUCGUCAGAAAAUCACGUCUCCACAGGGCAGAGAAGGUAAUCGGCUCUGGGCAUAUCGCGAGAUAGCGUCCGGCCUUACCACGGAGGAAGUACAGACAGCACAGCAUUUCUGGGACCCGGCUAUUGUCAGGAGUAUGAAAGUAGCGCCCUCAGUCUGUUCCACGGUCGGCCUACCGUUGCGGCACAGGCGGGCCACCUAG